CUCCAAGCCACCAACCAUAAUGGUGCCCGCUUUUCUUCCCUUGACUCCGGACGCGACGCGAUCGGGUCCAACUGGCCAGCCAAGGCUGCACUAUUGGCCUCAGAUGCGAUAUUCCGCGAGGGCGGCCCUCCCCUUUUUGAAUCGGGCCAUAGCACAUUCCUGCCGCAGGGGCAGCUAUUUAAGAUCGCUCGGUCGCAAUAAUUUGGCCUUUGUGCUUUGAUCAAAUUCAGUCGCAAUAACAAUGCGGUUUUUAUGCACUUCUAGCACUGCUUCCAGCGUGGUGUUGGCCGCCGCGUUGGCCAGCGCGCAGGUGCUCACCUGGGACCAGGCCUACCAACGAGCGACCGCGGAUCUUCAAAAGCUCACUCAGAAUGAAAAGAUCGGAAUGGUCACAGGCGUAAAAUGGCAGGGGGGGCCAUGUGUGGGAAAUACGUAUGCUCCUCAAUCCAUUCCAUAUCCGUCGCUCUGUCUUCAAGAUGGCCCCUUAUCAAUACGCUUUGCGAAUCCUGUUACUGUUUUCCCGGCCGGAAUCAACGCCGGCGCGACGUGGGACCGCGAGCUCAUCAGGAGCCGUGGAGCAGCCAUGUCUGCUGAAGCCAAGGGACUUGGAGUCAACGUCCAGCUCGGUCCUGCGCUGGGGGCAUUGGGAAAGAUUCCGAGUGGAGGGCGAAACUGGGAGGGUUUCUCGUCAGAUCCGUACCUGAUGGGUAUCGCAACCGCUGAAACUAUCCAAGGUAUGCAGGGAAGCGGUGUACAGGCGUGCGCAAAGCACUUCCUUCUCAACGAACAAGAACACAACCGAGAGACCAUCAGCUCGAAUGCAGAUGACAGAACCGUGCAUGAACUGUACCUCUGGCCAUUCUACGACGCUGUCAAGGCAAACGUCGCUUCCGUCAUGUGUUCGUACAACAAGAUCAACGGUACCUGGGCCUGCGAAAACGACCGGCUGCUGAACGGCCUGCUGAAAGGCGAACUCGGGUUCAAAGGUACUCUCCUGUCAGACUGGAAUGCGCAACAUAGCACAGUCUUGAGCGCAAAUGCCGGGUUGGAUAUGAGCAUGCCAGGGAGCGACUUUAAUACCCCUCCUGGAAGCAUCUACUGGGGCCAGAACCUGGCGACCGCGAUUGCCAGCGGCUCUGUUCCGCAAGCACGACUGGAUGAUAUGGUCACUAGAAUCCUCGCUGGAUGGUAUUUGACCGGCCAGGACAAGGGUCAUCCUCCUGUGGCGUUUAGUAGUUGGAAUGGAGGUGCGGCGUCGGUGAAUGUCACCACCCCGGCACAUGGAGAUCUGGCGCGCACUAUCGCCCGUGACUCGAUUAUCCUUUUGAAGAACCAGAACCAGGCUCUUCCGCUAGGCAAGCCGGCCAGCCUUGCUGUAAUUGGCUCUGACGCCAUUGUGAAUCCGAACGGUGCGAAUGCUUGUGCGGAUCGUGGAUGCAACGUUGGGACUCUGGCUCAGGGAUGGGGGAGUGGAACGGCUGAAUUCCCGUAUCUUGUGGCUCCGCUCUCUGCGAUUCAAGAGAAGCUGGCUGGGACGGGCACCAAGAUCGUCACCAGCACCACCGAUGAUGCCGCCGCUGGAGCCGAGGCUGCCAGGGCCGCAGAGACGGCGAUCGUUUUCAUCAACUCUGACGCUGGCGAGGGAUACAUCACCGUCGAAAACCACGUCGGGGACCGUAACAAUCUCGAUCCAUGGCACAACGGGAACGCUCUCGUCCAGGCAGUUGCGCGGACAAACAGGCCCACCAUCGUGGUCAUCCACAGUGUUGGUCCUAUUCUUCUUGAGACCAUUCUUGCCGAGCCGAACGUGGUCGCGAUUGUCUGGGCCGGCCUUCCCGGACAGGAGAGCGGCCACGCUCUCACCGACGUCCUCUUCGGAGACACCGCGCCGAGCGGAAAGCUGCCCUACACCAUUGGCAAGACCGAGGCUGACUACGGUGCCCGCUGGACGACAGAGCUUGUUGACAGUUUUGCCGAGGGGCUGUUUAUCGACUAUCGCCAUUUUGACCAGGCUGGAAUCGCGCCUAGAUAUGAGUUUGGGUUUGGUUUGUCCUACACAACAUUCGAAUACUCAACCCUUGCCGUCGCCGUAAACGUCAUUCCCGGCCCAACAACGGGCGAGACCAUCGUCGGCGGCCCCUCCGACCUGUUCACCACCGUCGGAACAAUCAGCGCCUACAUCCGCAACAGCGGAAUCGUCACCGGCGCCGAAGUCGCGCAGCUGUACCUGGGCUAUCCCGACAGUGCGCCGUCCACGCCGCCCAAGCAGCUCCGUGGCUUCUCGAAGAUCAAACUUGUGCCCGGUCAGAGCGGGCAGGCAGUCUUUGAGUUGCGGCGCCGGGAUCUGAGUUAUUGGGAUGUUGGGAAGCAGAAGUGGGUUGUUCCCACGGGGACGUUUAAGGUGUUUGUGGGGAGUUCGAGUCGAGACAUUCGCUUGACCGGCACGCUCACCGUUUAGGUGGGCUUCGAGCCUACCCAAGCUCGAUAUGUUGAAAAUGUCCACGCUGUCCAUAACAUGUACCAGUGCUACCGAUAUACAUGAGUUUCGGGUGCAGUACCCUUCAUCUGCCACACCCAGCGAGCUAUACUAUCCUGUCUAAGGCAACUCUCUGCCUCUGCGGAGCGCUAUCGUAGCCAUACCUGCGUCCUGAUGUUGCCAGAUCUCCUUAAUCACCUAUAUUAGUCAUUAGAG